CAGUCUUCGGCCGAGUACGGGUACUAGGUGGGGCAGAGUCUCCUGAUCAACUUGUGAAAGUUGAGUGCGCGUCGCUUUAUGGCGGAUUUCUCAGCGAGCGACAGAAAAACACGUUAGCAGGUCUCUACCUUUCCCUGUCGGACUUCAGAAGUCAGGCAGAGCUGUGGGCUGCCCGACUGACGUAGACCAGAGUCAUGGCCUCCGGCAAGAACAAGAACCAGACCUCUCUGGCUCUCCAUAAGGUGAUCAUGGUGGGCAGCGGCGGCGUGGGAAAGUCCGCCCUCACCCUGCAGUUCAUGUACGACGAGUUCGUGGAGGACUACGAGCCCACCAAGGCCGACAGCUACAGGAAGAAGGUGGUCCUGGACGGCGAGGACGUCCAGAUCGACAUCCUGGACACGGCGGGUCAGGAGGACUACGCCGCCAUCAGAGACAACUACUUUCGCAGCGGAGAGGGCUUCCUGCUGGUCUUCUCCAUCACGGAGCACGAGGCCUUCACGGCCACAUCCGAGUUCAGGGAGCAGAUCCUGCGGGUGAAGGAGGAGGAGGCGAUCCCUCUGCUCCUGGUGGGGAACAAGUCGGACCUGGAGGAGCGGCGGCAGGUCUCUGCUGACGAGGCCACGGCGAAGGCGAGCGAGUGGGGGGUCCAGUACGUGGAGACCUCGGCUAAGACGAGAGCCAACGUGGACAAGGUGUUCUUUGACCUCAUGCGGGAGGUUCGUAAGAAGAAAAUGUCUGAGAGCAAAGACAAAAACGGACCGAGCGGCAAGAAGAAGAAAAAGCACUGCUGCAUACUUUAACCUCGAGGUGACAAAGAGCCAAACCCCCCCCAAAAAAACUAAACUAAACAACAAAAAAAAACAAA